AUGAGCAUUCUGAGCUGGAACUGUCAAGGAUUGGGGCGGCCUCAAGAUCUGACAGUUCAGCGUGUCAUGGAAAUGCGUAAAAAACAUUUCCCUGAGAUUUUGUUUCUCAUGGAAACGAUGAACAUAAGAAAUGUACUUGUAGAUAUUCAAGUUUGGUUAAACUACGAUCGUGUUUAUACGAUGGAUCCUAUUGGCAGAUGUGGUGGCUUGGCGGUUUUUUGGAAGAAAAGCAUCACUUUGGAGUUCCUUCAGGCUGAUAAGAAUGUUAUUGACCUUGGAGUUGAGUUUGGGAACAGAAAGUUUUUUGUUUCGCGUAUAUACGGUAAUCCAAGAAGUGAACUCAGGCAUAUCGUUUGGGAGAAAAUCACCAGAAUUGGCAUUCAAAGAAAGGAUAAUUGGUGCUUGAUCGGAGACUUCAAUGAGAUCCUACAUAAUGGAGAAAAGCUGGGAGGUCCUCGGAGAUGCGUGAGUUCUUUUGAUGAUUUCUCAAAUAUGCUGGUGGCUUGCGGUAUGCUUGAACAUCAGAGUUCUGGGAAUAGCUAUACUUGGGGUGGCAGACGAGGUGACCUAUGGAUUCAGUGUAAGUUAGAUAGGUGCUUUGGGAAUAAAGCCUGGUUCGAGAGUUUUCCUGUGGCUAAUCAGCGGUUUCUGGAGAAGGAAGGGUUUGACCAUCGGCCAGUCUUGCUUAACCUGUUCUCUUCUCAAGAAACCUACAGAGGAUCCUUCAGGUUCGACAAACGAAUGCUUCAUCAACCUUUGGUGUUUGAAACAAUUAAGCAAGCUUGGCAAGCGUCUACCUCCCUGUUUGGUCACUCCUUGUCAGAAAGAUUACGAAGAUGCAGAAGGGCCUUAAGUAUGUGGAAAAGGACAAAUGAUACGAAUGCAAAAGAAAAGAUCAAUUGUAUUCAAAGGGACAUAGAAAUUGAGCAUGCUUCUCUGGCUCCCUCUUUUGAUAGAAUGGCACUACUCUAG